AUGGACCCCACGAUCUCUCGCGAGCUCUCCAAGCUCGAUCCCGCGGUGCCGUUCCGCACCUCCGGCACAUCCCACCUGCAUCACACCUGGGCCAAGACCUUCUUCUCUCGUCCAGAGCUGUACAUCCGCCCACGCUCCAUCCCCGAGAUCCAGCAGCUCAUCACCCUCGCCCGCCGCUGCCGCCGUCGUCUCGUCACCGUCGGCAGCGCCCACUCGCCCUCCGAUCUUACCUGCACCUCGUCAUGGCUGGUGAACCUCGACGACUUCAAUCGUGUCCUGGCCGUCGAUCCAGUUACACACACUGUUACUGUUGAGGCGGGGAUACGGCUCAGCGAGCUGGGUGAGAGGCUGGAAGAGCAUGGGCUCACCCUCGCCAACCUGGGCAGCAUUGAUAGCCAGUCCAUUGCCGGUGUCAUCGCGACGGGUACGCAUGGCAGCUCGCUACGUCAUGGACUGCUCUCUGAAUGCAUCGAGGCGCUGAGUCUGGUUCUGGCGAAUGGCCAGCUCGUGCGCUGCACCGCGACGAAUAACCCGGCGCUGUUCCGCGCAGCGCUGGUGUCGCUCGGAGCAUUGGGGAUCAUCGUUGAAGUCACCUUCAAGGCGAGGCCGACCUUCAACAUCGCUUGGCGCCAGGAACGGUUGCCGUUGUCCAAGGUUUUGGACGAGUGGUCGACCGGUCUGUGGACGUCGCAUGAAUUUGUCCGCGUCUGGUGGCUACCGUAUUUGAGCGGCGCUAUUGUCUGGCGCGCCGAUAAAACAGACCGUCCGCUGCAGCCUCCUCCCAUCAACUUUUACGGCGAGUCCCUGGGAUACCACAUCUACCACAACCUGCUCGCGCUGUCGAACUAUGUACCCCGGAUCCUGCCGUGGGUCGAGUGGUUCGUCUUCGGCAUGCAGUACGGCUUCCGCGCCGGGUCAACAAUCACCGAAGCCGUCGAGCCCGCUCGGACAGGUCUGCUAAUGAACUGUCUAUACUCACAAUUUGUGAACGAGUGGGCCCUCCCUCUAGAAAAGGGCCCCGAAGCUAUAACCCGGCUGUCGGCAUGGCUGAACGGCGACGCAGAGACCGCACGCAUCCCAUUCCCCGUACAGGGCCUGUGGGUACACUGCCCCAUCGAAGUGCGCGUGUCAGACUCAACACUCAACACCAACCCGCGCCCGUUCCUGGACCCAACCUCCAGCACGGGACCAACGCUCUACCUCAACGCAACGCUCUACCGGCCAUACCUCCGCGACCCGCCCUGCAAGGAGCGCUACUACGAGGCUUUCGAGUGGCUGAUGCGGGACAUGGGCGCGCGCCCGCACUGGGCCAAGAACUUUACGACUCGCGGCCCGCACGAGCUGCUCGCGCUUUACGGGAGCGAUAUGGACGAGUGGCUGCGCGUCCGGAAAGAGGCUGACCCGGAUGGCCUGUUUGUUGGCGAAUGGCACCGCCGCAAUCUGGGACUGUUGGAGCAGACACAUGACCCUAACCAGCGCGACGACGACGAACUGCCCCUCCUCGAGCGCGAGCGCCAGCGUCGCAAGCUGGGAAUCAGCGGCGCAGGUGACGGGAUUGAAUGGGUCGGCGAUCGACGCUGGCAGGUGCCGUCAGACGGGCGGCCAGGAACGGCUGCUGCCCAGUCCAAAACAGUCGCGUCAUCAGAAUACCCGCCGAGCUCCCCGACCACAGCCACGAGCGAGGAGAGCUUCGAUCUGCUUGCCAAGGGCGAAGCUAGCAUCGUGCUGCCGGGGGGAUCAUCCUCUGCGUGA